AAAUGAAAAAAAAAGUUAAAUAAUAUUUUACUUAAAUACAUAAAACAUCACUAAGGAAUAUUUAUUUUAAAUAUAUAAGUAAACAGCAUUAUUAAGCCCUAAACCCUUUUGAGCCAUCUCGCUCACUCCACUUUGAAACCAAACAAGUGCGCCAGAAAAAAAAAAAAAACAGUACAGAACUUCAGGCACACGGCCAUGGAUUCCGGCGGAGAACGGUUAACGGCGUCGGAGAUCCAUACGGAACUCGCCUCCUUGCAGACGGCCAAGGCGGCAAUCGAUGAACGCAUAUCAACUCUGGAAUCUCUGCUAAAAAAUAUUACCACGGAAGACGAAAGCGAGACCGCUUCCUCUACUCCGGCCGCUGCAGAAACGCCCCUCACCGGCCAAUUGACGGCUGAUAUGAUCUACAGAUACAGCCGCCAUCUGCUUCUCCCUUCCUUUGGAGUUGAAGCUCAGUCAAAUCUGUUGAAUUCGUCGGUUUUAGUUAUCGGAGCCGGCGGCUUGGGCUCACCUGCUCUGCUUUACCUUGCCGCCUGCGGUUUUGGGCGUGUUGGUAUCGUUGAUCAUGAUGUGGUGGAGCUUAACAAUCUGCACAGACAGAUAAUUCAUACUGAAGCAUAUAUUGGAAGAUCAAAAGUAGAGUCUGCUGCUGCUACAUGUCGCGCGAUUAACUCUACUGUCCGAAUAGUAGAGCACAAGGAAGCGUUCCGUACGUCAAAUGCCUUGGAUAUUAUGAAAAAGUAUGACAUUGUCGUAGAUGCAACUGAUAAUGCACCUAGUCGUUACAUGAUCAGUGAUUGCUGUGUUGUGCUGGGAAAGCCUCUGAUUUCUGGAGCUGCACUCGGACUAGAAGGACAGCUCACUGUUUACAAUUACAAUGGAGGUCCAUGCUAUCGAUGCCUAUUCCCUACUCCACCGCCGACAACAGCAUGUCAAAGAUGCGCAGAUAGUGGAGUCCUUGGAGUAGUUCCCGGCAUUAUUGGGUGUCUCCAGGCCCUAGAGGCUAUAAAAGUUGCAGGUGCAGUUGGAGAACCACUCUCAGGAAGGAUGCUUCUGUUAGAUGCUCUUUCUGCUCGAAUUCGUAUUGUCAAAAUCAGAGGGAGGUCAUUACAGUGUGAAGCAUGCGGAGAAAAUGCACCAAUGACAGAAGAGCAAUUUCGUAAUUUUGACUACGAAAAAUUCACUCAGUCUCCACUAUCCACGUCUCCACUGAAGUUAGACCUGCUUCCGGAAGAUGCUAGAAUAACAAGCAAGGAAUAUUACGAGAAAAAUAUAAAAGGCGAAGCACAUGUGUUAAUAGAUGUGAGACCUGCUCAUCACUACAAGAUUAUCUCUCUCCCAAAUUCUUUAAACAUUCCUCUUUCGAGUUUGGAACAAAGGUUGUCUGAAAUAUCUGAAGCAUUGGGAAGAAAAGAGGAAAGUGCUUCUCUGUAUGUAGUUUGCAGGAGAGGCAACGAUUCGCAGAGGGCUGUACAGUACCUUCGUGGGGCGGGAUUUAAUUUAGCGAAGGAUAUUAUUGGCGGGCUUGAGUCGUGGGCACACGACGUGGACCCGAAAUUCCCGACCUAUUAAAAGAAGAAAAAAAGGUACUUAUUUUUAACAUUAUUGUAUAACUGUAUAACAUUAUUUCACUAAUACUAACAUUAUUUGACAUUUGAUGCUAUGAAGCAGCCCCCUUUUUUAUAUAUAAUUUUACAUGGCUCUACAAAUGUGCAAUGAAAAAAUAAAAU